GAACGUACGGGCUUCGUGGGCCCCAGCAGAGCCUGACAGUAAGUGAGGGCCGAGGCCCAGGGAGAUUUAAGCUGGAGGAAUUGGAAUUUGGCGCAAUUUGGCGCCUUUGGGGAGCGAGAAAUACUAGAUCCCUACCACUGUUGACAAAUCCACCCUCGGCAGCCACCACAAUUGUGGUGCACCACUCGUGCACCACCCACCUUUUGAAGGAACACUGCAAUUUGGAAGUGGAUUCAAGCAGACGAGCAUGCCCGUUCCGAAAUAUCAUUGUGAUUAUUGUGAUGUGACCUUCAGAGAUUCUCGAGAGCAGAGGAAGCGGCACCAGGAGGGAUUCAAUCAUAGACGGAACAAGAAGGCAUGGUUUGACAACAUUGAAGGUGGUGUGGAAACACGAGAAGUUUGCAGGAACUUUGUUAGACAGGGCUUUUGCACAUACGGGGACCGUUGCAAGUAUCACCAUCCUGCUCAACAACCGCAGGAAGUGCAGCUGGUUCAAGCGGCGCCGAUUGAUGCCACGAACGUAUGGCACGGGUCUCAAUCGGAUCUCCCACCCUCGCUGCAACCUCCCCCACCAGGUGGGUGGCCAGCUUCAGCGUUCACGGCAGACUGGGGGUGAUUAUCUUUUACAGAUUCAGGCGACCAAUCGGGAAGCAACGGCACGAACAUUUUUGUCGUGUACCACCCUCUUGGAAGUCUCAGAGCUCAAAGUCGUACAUGCACGUGUCCUUGUUGCGGCCGCGCGUCUACCACAGUGGACCUGUGCAUACGACUCAUUGUGGCGCCAAACAAAUUUCUGAUGAUACUCUUGUGCCCCAAGCUCUCCAUCAUCGGCAUAGAAG